AUGACCACCGAGAACCUGGAGCUUCAACCCGAUGACCAAAUCCCAUUCUACUGGUUCAACGGCUACGACGAACAAAUGCUGGCAGUCACAAUCACCCAUGAAAACGAAUGGAAAUGGUCGUCCGGUGUUCGUAUCGACAGUGUCGGAACCAACUACCUCAAGCUCACCAAUGUCCACGACGCCAACAUUGAGCAGGUGAUCAAGGUCGAGGUAAUCGACUCGAAUGAAUCGAUCAUGGUGUUCUUCUAUCCGACCGACCCACAACUCCUGCCGUUCCACAUCAAGAACGACACGCAACUAACGAUCUCCGUACUUCAAAAGUGUCCGGCUGCCAAGCGCUACGUGUUGAAACCGAACGACGACAUCUACUACACUUGGGAUCAGCCGUGUGCUGACCAACAGCUGCUUGUCCUCGUUGAGAACAGUGCAACACCGGCAAUUAUCAAUCUCAACAAGAUAAAAGCAUUCAAACCAAUCAAAUUCGAUCGAUACGUUAUCUUCCCAGUCUCGCAAUCCGUCAAUGGUGUCACCAGAGAACUCACAUUCUCCCAUCACCAUGAACAAGCAAAGGUACAGGAUAUCAUCGAAUUUGCCAUUGAAUUUUCUUUCGAUCGUCUUGGAUUCUCUAUUAUCAACGAUGUUCCAGAGGAGUUGAUCUACAUCCAAUUGAAAGACAGUUCCUUCUGGUACAGUACUUCCAAUAUCACCCAUACAACUUGGGUCAUCAUCGAUGACAUUCAAAUUGACAAUCAGAAACCCGACACUGAUUACCCUGUCCUACUUUGGUGUGAUAAAAAGUUAGAUGGAAAAUGUUUACCAUUCUUGGAAUUCUCUGCUAUCAAAUUAAAUAAGGAGAAUUUCGAAUAUUAUGAUUUAAUUGCCCUCUAUUUGAAUGAACUCUAUGUGCAAUUGGAUGAUACAACACUCAUCAAUCUACAUUCAUUCUAUUCUAAAUUACCCCUUGAUAAAUUCUAUAGUACUAAAGGAAACCCAAUUGAACAAUUAAAUAUGUUCUAUAUUAAAUGGUUAAUUGUAGCUGAAAUUAAAUUAUAUUUAACAUUUAGUAUUUCAAGAGAUGGUAUUUUAAGUAAUUAUAAUAAAUUACCUGCUCUCAGACUUUUAGUACCAUCACUAGGUAAAUCAUUGGGUCAAUUAGAGAAUGCUCCUCUCACUAUCAACCAACUGGGUAUAAAGAAUGUAUUUACUACACCACCACGAUUACAAGAACAUUUAUAUUCUCAUUACAACAAACAAAUGAGGAGACAAGUUCAUAUUAUUUUGGGAUCAUCCAAUAUCUUUGGUAGUCCUGUUGUAUUGUUUAAUACAAUUAGUACUGGUAUGACAGAGGCCAUCGAAGAACCAGUAAAGGGAUCGAUUCUUCUAAUGAAGAGAAUUCUCUAUGCUGCCGCCAACAGUUCCGCCAAAUUGUUUGGUACUAUUUCGAAUGGUUUUGCUGUUUGGUCGAUGGAUGAGACCUAUCUCAGAAGAAGAGAUACCGAAGAGAGAAUCAAAGCCAAGCACAUCGGUCAGGGUAUCUUACUCGGAACCAAAGGUUUGGCGAUUGGAUUCUUUGAUGGUAUCACAGGUAUUGUUACACAGCCUGUGAUGGGUGCAAUACACGACGGUCCAGUCGGUCUUCUUAAGGGUAUAGGAAAGGGUAUUGCCGGUGUCGCAGUGAAACCGGUGACCGGUGUCUUUGAUUUCGCAGCGAGAACCUCUGAGGGUAUCAGAAACAAUACAAAUAUCAAUCCCGAACGAUUCAGACUACGUGUGCCAAGAUAUAUCAACCCACGUGAACCGAUUAGAGAGUAUUCGCUGGACGAGAGUGAAGGUAAUUUCCUCAUGAAACAAAAUCAGUCGAGUAUCAUCAAGCGUCAAGGUGUUCGUAGAAUGGAGUAUAAAUUCCAUAUGGUACUGCCAGAUUGCACGAUCCUCCUCACAUCGGUAUCGAUGAUCUGUCUAUCAAAGAAAGGUUCCUACCGAUGGUCAUUCCCACUCACAGAGAUCGCAAGAAUUGGACAUCCGAAAUCAGGAAAGAGCUAUCUUAAUAUACAUCUCAAGAAGUAUCUCAAAUUUGGAAAACUUGGAUCCAGCAAGAAAAAGAUUGCCAUCCACUGCUCCAACGAAUCGAUCCUUAUUCAAUUGGACACUAAGAUCAGAUCAUGUCUAUUCAAAUCAUAUGAUAUCGAUUUGGAUGCAGUCGAUGAUGAAGAUGGUGAGAAAUCAAGUAUGGUAACAUUGGCCGACAAGAGCACAAGAUACACAAAAACUUAA